UACAAACCUAAGAAGAGCUGGGGGUUAUGGAGCACCUGCGGAACAAGUUUGUGCGUCUAGGAUGUUUGAGGUAUCUAUUGGGGAUGAUCAUAAUUGGAGCAAGUGGGUUCAAGCCAAAAUUUUACUCUGGGAAAAUGAUCCUGGUAAUCAAGUUGAAUAUGCCCUUGUUGGUAAUGAUGUUACGGAUAAAUUAGCAUAUGUUCAUGAACCAGGGAAUUCGUUAAAGUUUUUAGAUAUUGGAGAUGAGACCAAACUCACUACAUUUUUGAAUACCUGUCAUUAA